GUCGAAGGUCGAGGAUACAUUCUCAGCCUUCUAAAUAGACGGAAUUUUAUGCCAAUGGGCGCGUCUCUCCUUUCCAGCUUUUCUUUUUAUUCCUCAAUAUGAUUCACUGCAUGUUUCAGGUAUUUUCAUGUCCUUGAGCUUUGUAUGGUUAUGGCCCUGCAACUUCUGCCAGUCCCUGUUGGACUUGUUGAAGAUUUAAUGUCCACAAUGCCCAUCCAGAAUUCUCUCUGGCUUGUUCAGUUUUUUAUUCCCCAGGUUCAACUCCUCCUUUAAUUUUCUUUUCCUUUGUUGUUUCUCUAUUUCCCUUGCAUUUACUUUUGUAUGGUUCCCAUGUUCUAUCUCCCCAGAUACCCUGGUUGACUACACGUUUUUCUUUGUAUUCCUACUGAAUACGGUGCAUACUAUUGGAAGCUGGCCUUCUCUUUCUCAUACCAUUUCACUUGCAUAUCUUCUGUUCUCCAUUCAAGCAUUAGCAUCUUGGAUUGUCACAAAAGCGUUAGGCCCCUUUUUUUUUCUCGUUAUAUUGGUUUUUCUAUACCUUUCCCAAUUCUUUAGAUUGGUACGUUAAUGAGCCUCAGAAUAUCAAUUAUGACAACCUAACUCUAACACCCCCUAGAUACAACAUCAAAAAUGGCGUCGGAACUCUAUUACUUCAAGCCGUCGACGCCACCUCGGGUUCUUAUGUCUGAUGCUGAGCUGCUUGGCUCUGCUCAUAGUCGGACAACGUCAGGCUCCUCUGAAUACGCAAGUUCGUCUGCAUAUACCGAUGACUCUUCACCCGCGUCUCGCUCGACCAGUGUUUCCACUUCUAGCCGGUCUCCAGGUAGACGACCCCCGGGCCCUAUCCUUCUACCUAAAAUCAGACCCCAGGAUAUUGUUGUCGAGCCUCAAUCACACUAUGGCCCGCAACGAAGUCGGAAAGCCCUUUCGACUACGCAGAAUCCCCCGGGGUUUGCCCCUUAUCCUGCUUCACGCCCUUCUAUUUCCCGGAGGGCAGUUGAGCCUAUCGACUGCUCGCUGGUCUCCCCAGUUUGUGCCACACCUACUUCAUAUGGCUAUCCUGGGAGUAGUGCUAUGUCCCCUCUCUCUGCAGUCCCUCCCUCGAGCUCUAGACGAAGAGCUUCUCAUUCACGGAAUCCAUCUGUUUCUAGCAUCGAUGAUGCCACUCUAAGUCGUUAUGGUUACCCUACUUACCGCCAAAUCCCUAGGUACCUUUCUCAAUGUAGCCCAACCACCCCUGCUUCUGCAACAUCUUUCACAUAUCCAACACCCACAUACCCUACCACCCCUUACACAGCUACAGCAGGUGAUCCACUCGUUAGUUAUUUAGCGCCCAACUAUUCCACUCCUGCUUACCCAGGUACAUACCCAUCCCCCGCCUAUCCAACAUCUGCCUACUCAGCCGGUGCAGAAGUUCAUGCUCCCACCUCGGAGAUUGCAUCUACACAAAAUCAUUGUGGCUUUUCUGAUACCACAGCAAGAGCGUUGGGGUCUUCAACUGUUGACCCUUCUUUUCCUCCCUCCCUUGAUGUUAUUCCGCCAUCCCUUGCACCACCAAUGGAAUACGAUUCAUCGUCGUCAUCUGCAUCUACGACUUUGCUGGGGUACCUCAAUGCGCCCAUGCAGGCCAUCAACCUCGUCGAGACCAUGACUUACCCUUCAAAUCGAGUGAACCCGGCACAUUUUUGGUGGGAUGUCAGGAAUAUACGACAAUGGUCUUCCUUUUCCCUCGAAGCUAUGAGUGCUAUUCCUCGCUUCCCCCAGCUUCUUACGACAGGUGUUUCCCAGAAUUGCCUCCCGCUUAGCACUGUUGCCCCAUCUCGGCUGUAUCCAGACUCAGAAUUCUCAUUGACUGAUUUGAUCCGUGAUGUCUAUGCCCCACGGGUCAAUGCUGCUCUUCGCAUAUCCCAAGGACGCGAUUGCCUGUCCUUAUUCCCUGCUCCAAUAAACCCAGCAAACAGGGAUAACGAUCCGCAUUUCCUCGCAAACUAUGCUAGUGAUACAGAGCAGACUCCGUCUGGGCUCCCCCGUGGCCGCAUUGUUGGCAUUGUCAAGACAUUCAACAGAUGGAACACUGGAAUGCGAAACGAAGCACCUCAUCGACGUGUUGAGUAUCUCAAUGGCCUCUCUCAUCUGCAACGCUGCAUGAGGGAACACUCCUGCCGCUAUGGAUUCAUCAUGACUGAGAUUGAACUUGUCUGCGUACGUGCCGGUUGUGACGAAGGUGACGAUGUGCCAUAUUUCGGCUUCCUCGAACUGGCCACUCCAAUCGCAACAAAGACCCCUUAUAACCCAUCGCUAUCUAGCAUCGGGUUGUCUCGCUCUAGUUCUGCCUCUUCGGCUCAGUCAUCUAACUAUUCGACCUCAUCCCGAGGGACCUCUCCUUUUCCUACAGGAUUCUCUGGUCCUUUCUCUGCUACUAUGGCACUAUAUUACCUGCUCAUGCUGUCUAAGUCCGUGCCUCUACCAACUCAGCCGUCAUGGCAUUUAAAUGUUGGUGGCCCAGGAGCCCUAACUCGCCAACGCACCCUGCCAGAGGAUAAGGAUAGCUGGAUUCCUGAGCCGCAGCAGCGGGAAAAGCGCGAGGCAAAGCGAAUUCGAGGAUGGGUCUGGCCACACGAUGCAUGGCAUCGUCGCGAAGGCGGAGGCUCUAGUAGAACUAGAGCUGCAAAGAUCGCUGCCGCGAAGCGAUGGCAUAAGUGAAGAGUCCAUCCCUUCCUACCACUUGAUAUCUCUUCUCUGAACAAGACCCUGCGAGUUUGUUGCAUGUCAACCGGCGUUCAAAGUAUUCCAUCCCCUUUUUGAUUCAUUACGUACUCCUAUUGAUACAUCGGAUAAUACCUAAUCACUUUUCUUUGUCUGGUUCCCUUAUCUUUCGACGCAUUUGUUGGCGCUCUUUUCUAUUUGAUUGUCUACAUUUACGGGAGCAUACCAUAGUGUUUCCGUUUUCUUCUCCUUCCAUAAAUUCGUCGGUCGCUAUAUCUUCCUUUUAUUGCAUGCAUUUAAUGGAGUACCUACUUUCACAUAUUGUUGGAGCAUUCUUUGUUGAUGGUUUUCAGCAUGUUUGGUUAUCUUGACUCCCCCCUAUAGUUAUAGUUGCAUUUGAAUUUUAGAAGCCGCAAGGAUAUUCGGCUAUUUGGUUACUCGCGCCUACCUCCUCUUCUUACCAAGAUAACUAGCGAAUCAUUGAACAGGAUUCAAAAUAACUGUAUCCUAAGUGUGUGGAGAAUAGUCAGUUACGUCGAGACGUGUUCUAGCAACUGUCAAAAUCACCGAUUAGCGGCCCUUCAUAAACAAACGUUCGUAUGUAGCACAGUCAUCCAUAUAUCCCACCCCAUUAUCAAAGCCAUAGUGGAUUAAGGAGAAAAUACGAGAAAAUGUGAACGAGAGGAUGAUAACAACAGUAUGCAUGAUAGAUCCCCGCACAGCUAUCCAGCUGGCUAUAUAAAAACCGAGUAGUUUACCCCC